AUAUACCCACCCAGCCACCCCUCCCAGUCACUCCACGCGGCGCUCUAGUCUAAACCCCGUGGCCACAACCCCACAGCGCCCUGCACCCCUGUUAACCUCACUGGGCCGGGCUGAGGUGCGAUAGCGGGGCAGCGGAGGUGAGUGGAAGUGCGGUGCCUGGCGUGUGGUGACCCUGAUAAGCUGGGAAGGAGAGGAGGAAGGCAGACGCUCUCAGUUGGUUGGUUGAAGGCGGGCAGAGCGUACGUCUGUCGCCCCCAUUACCUCCCUCCUCCCCCUCCUCUCCUCCUCCUCCUCCUACUCCUCCACCUCGCUCCGUCACCAGUCCGUCACCACUCCGUCACACUCCCCGCGGACAAUACGGAAGCUUGUUAUCCCAGUGCGCUUCUCCCCGCAACCUGAACCUCGCGUCGGAACCUCAGUGAACCUUUUUUGAAUUAGUGCAAAGAGAAGAGGAUUCCUGUCCCUCGGAACGCCGCUCUUGGGUGUAUCGUGGCGUUCAAUUCCGAUUCUGUGCUUUGGAUUCUGGUUUCUGAACGAAUUUGCAUCUUUAUCUCACUGGUGAACUCAGAACAUGGAUUGAUUGACGUACUACUUGACACCCUGCCGCCUUGUCACCUUCCCCCCUGCCGCCCCUGCCCUUCCUCCCGCCUCCGCCAUCCCCGGCACUCAGGUAACGCUUCCUGGCCACCCUGUUAAAAGUGCGUCUUAUCUAUCAGGCAGCGUGGACAGAAGGAAAGUCACUGCGGGAAACGGACUUAGUAACGGAAAGACAAGAUAAAGAUGAACAGGGAAUAGAAACAGUUAAUAUAAUAAACCCACGCUCAAAGUUUUUAAGAACACGGAAAAAAAAAGUCUAUGAACUAAGAAAAAUUUUGAAGUGUUAUGGAUUCAAGAUUUGGAAGUCAGAACGCGAUUGACUCUCCUCCGUGGGCGGCGGUCAUUUAGAAGCCCCAGACAGACCCAGGCAGACACCCCACCCCCCGGUGCUGCUGCUACAGGCCGUGGUGGUGGUGCGGGUGCUGGCGUCGCUGCUGCUGCUGCUGCUGCUGCUCCUGCUGUUCCUGCUGCUGCUCCUGCCACGGGGAGUCGCCGCAGACAACACCGUGAAGGAAACAAGAUAAUCACAUAUUUAUCAAGAUGAACCAGCUGUGCAAGGUGUGUGGAGAGCCCGCUGCUGGCUUCCACUUUGGGGCCUUCACCUGUGAGGGAUGCAAGUCGUUCUUCGGGCGCACGUACAACAACCUGUCCCAAGUGCACGAGUGUAAGAACGGCGGGCAGUGCGUGAUCAACAAGCAGAACAGAACCUCGUGCAAGGCGUGCAGGCUGCGGAAGUGCCUCAUGGUGGGCAUGUCUAAGAGUGGCUCAAGGUACGGCCGCCGCUCCAACUGGUUCAAGAUCCACUGCCUGCUGCAGGAACAAGCGUCCCAGCUCUCCAAGGGGCUGGAGGGGGGCGGGGGAGGGGGUGGUGGGCCUGGGGACCUGCCGGGGGGCCUGGCGGGGUCUCUCUCCCUGUCCCCCGCCUCCAUGCCCGCUCUGUCGCCCUCCAAGUCUGAGGACGAGGGCAAGAUGGACUCCCCGCUCAUGUCGUCCCCGGAGAGCUGCGCGUCUGAGGGCAGCGUGGAGGUGGAGCUGUGCAAGGUGUCCGGCAAGGAGGAGGGCAGCGGGGGGCGGCGGGAGGCAGCGGCGGCGGCGGCAGGCUUGUCUCUGUACGGCCUGCACCCCGGCCUGUCCCUGCUGCACGCCUCGCAUCUCUACUCCCGCCUCUACCCCUCCCUGCCCCUCUACCCUGGCCUCGCUCCUUCCCUCCUGGUGCCUCCCGUGCCCCGCCCCCACCCGCCGCAGAGCCCCCCCAAGGACCGGCCCUCCUCCAGCAGUCCUCGCGGCCCCGCCUCGCCACCCCGCCCCAUGUUUGAGUACCCGCCACCACUCGCCCCGCCCCCCCUCGGUCUGCCACCCCUGGCCCUCCCCUUCGGCUUCCCCUGCCCAAGGAAGCGGGUGGCUGACUCUCCCCUGGGUGAAGGCCCGCACGCCCUCAGCCCCAGGGUGUGGGAGGCCGCCCCCGCCCCGGAGCAGGACGCCCCCAUGGAUCUGAGCGUCAAGAGGCAACGCCUCCUGUCCCCCCUGGCCUCCUCCACGCCCGUCUCGCCCCCCGUGUCCCCGCCCACCAUCACCAAAACGCCCCCCACCCCUGUGGACCUCACCACUAAGGCGUGAGGGCCCCCAAUGGUACAAACUCCCCCUUCCUCACCCCUCCUCCCUCAUCAAGUGCCCCGUUCCCGCCACACACACCCCUGCAUCGCCUCCACCCUCUCGUGUUUCCAGUCUCCUCCUAUUACUCCUCCUCCUCCUCCUCCUCCUUCAUCUCCUCCUCCUCCUCCCAUCCCUCUCAUAUUUCUCUCUCAUCCCUCCAUUUCCUCAGCAUUACUCUUCCUCUCCCUCUCGCUCCUCCCUUCUCCAGUAAUCCCUAUUCCUCCUCCUCCUCCUCCUCCUCCUCCUCCUCCUCCUCCUCCUCCUCCUCCUCCUUACCUGGGGACACAAUCAAUCAAGAGGUGUGACAAUACUUACAUUUUUUUACUUGUCUCCACCUCACCUCCACACCUCCACCACACCUUUACCACACCUGUCCACACCUGUUCAAUUAACCUCCCUUACCUGUCCCCUUUUCCCUAUAGCCAGCACACCUGUCUAUGUUAACUCUUUCAUCACACCUGCCUUUACUUACCUUUCCUUCUCUUCAUCAUUUCUCAUUUUCUCUAGCCUUUAUUCUCUUCUCCUCCUCUUCUUCCUCCUCUUUCUUCCCCCUCUCACUCCCCGCUCCGCACUUCACCACUGGGAUGGAGAAAAUGGAGGCUGGGAGUAGAGAAACCGGGAAGCAAUGAAGAAGUGCAAUGGAAAUAGUGAUAAAUAGAGGGAAUAGUAAAGACGAGGACUAAAAAUGAAUACUCGGAAGAAAAAUAAAGAAAUAAACGUUUUUAUUUUGUCAUUAUUGAAACGUUUCUAUUGAUUUUUUUUCCUUUUUUUCCUUUUUUUUUUUUUUGCUUUUCUCGAGGCUAUUGGUGGUCUUGCGUCCUGAAGGCUCAUGGUUCUAUAGUCCCUGUACAUGUUUAUGAUCCUUAUUGACGUGGUUAUCAUUAUUUUUCCUUAAAGGUUAUGUAUAGAAAGAAUUAUAUGUUUUAUUUAAGAAUAGUUUAGCAUUUUUUUCUCUCUUUCGUUCCCGAGUGGUGUGUGUUUGUGUGUACGUGUGUGUGUGUGUGUGUAUUGUUAGGUAUCUGUGUACGUGUGUGUGUUUUAGGGAGUUCCGAGUGUGUAUUUAUGUGUGUGUGUGCGCGCUGGAGGUGUACAUAGUGUGUGUACAUAGAGGUAAGGCCAGUGUGAUGUCAUGAUAUAGAAAGAUUUAUAUUAUUA